AUGCCUACUUGCUUGUUUGAGGACGAUCCAUCUACGUUGCAUUUUGUAGUUGUUAGCGACAUUCAUUCCCAGAAUGGUCUUGCUUUCACGAAGGCUGAAAUCGACGAAAUUCUGCAGUCUGGAACGAAAGUCGAUGCUAUUCUGAAUGCAGGGGAUAUGACGUUUCUCUCACAUACUGGUGAGGCCGAAGAGAAGGAGAAUGAAACGAAAAUCGAGUUAUUUAAAACUGUACUAAGCACUUUGGAGCAAUGUGAAGUACCUCACAUCUAUUUACCUGGGAAUCAUGACCCAUUAUACACUUAUGAAGCGACAGACUACAGGCAACUCACUGAGUUCGAAAAAUCGGUCAAUCUGCAUCGUCGCGUCAUGCAACUUGCACCGCACCUAUGGCUUGCUGGUAUCGGAGGCAGCUGCUAUAUCCGUUACAAGGACAACUCGAUCCGUGACUUUGGCUUUCCCUAUAAGGAGGAAUUUACGGACGAUCUUCACGAUUUGUUUGCAUUGAUUCCUGAAGGUGAUCAGGUGAUUUUGAUGACCCACGUUGCUCCAGCAACGGUGGGUACAGCUUAUGCAGACCUACACCCAUCGAUGGACGUGUACAUCAACUACGUACGAAGUCGUGCUCUACGUGCACGGACACUUACACAAGAGGCCAGGCUUCAAUUGGCUUUGCCGCUCGAUGCAUUCGUGCUGCGUUUUGAACCCAGGCGCCGCGAUGGGAAAGAAACUUGCGGAGGUGACGCUGUCGAAGGUGAAUGGAAAGUGGCAAGUUCGGGACGUGAAGCAUCGAAUUAA